AUGUUGGAAAAUUUACAAACCGAAAAUAUUUUACAAAAAGCGGCAUUGACUUUAAGAAAAACAAUAUGGCAAAUAGAAAAGAAAAAGUUACCGGCUAAAAAUAUUACAGCGCAGGAUUUAAUAUCAGGAGAAGCUUCGAUACCGCAACAAUUACUGGACUUUUACUCUAUUCUUGCUGGGGCCAAUCAAAAACGAAAAAACAGCUUAAAAUCUUAUGCAGACUUGAAUCUUCAUAAUAUUCGGAAAAAUACCAAGCAGUUACAAAAUUUCAUUACCACGUUCGAUCGAUUUAUUAAUCCCUUCAGCUCAGAAUUACCAAAAGAACAAUUGAUUAAUAUUUCAUCUGGAAAAUCUGCAUCACCACCAGUAGAGGCGUACCUUCUACAUAUUGAAGUAAACGGAGAUCACCACCGUAAAGCAUUCAUUUCUGAGUGUUUAUCAGAUAUUAACCGAUUCGAAAAAGCCAUAAAGAAAACAUCAGUAGACAACUUCUCCAAAGAUUAUGAGAAAAAAAAUAAAGUUCAAGUAGGUGGAAUUUCAAUGGAUUACAAAGUAGAUAUUUCAAAAAUUUUAUCUCACCCAAUUACUUCAGUGCCAUUGUCCAUGUGCCAUUUGGAUGGAACUAUUUGUAAAACUGAUAAAUCUGCUUUGAUGAAAAGGUUAGAGAAAGAGGUCCAACAUGAUCAACCAGGUCAUAUUGAUGUUCUAAUCAUUGAUGAUUAUGAACAUUCACAACGAUUUGAAUCUGCACAAUUAGAGUUUACAAUAACUGGGCCUGAGCAAGUUCGACCAAGUGAUUUUGCGAAAGAAUUGAAAAAUUUGAAUUUUAAAGAAGCUCUUGUUGAUUUCUUCAUUUCACAUUGGGCUACUGAUGAAGCGGUGUCAUUUAUUCAAAAUAAAAUUAUAAACGUAAAUUUCAGACAAUGUCAUUCAUUUACUGUUAAUAGUUCUAAUCACGUUGUUUUAAGUGUAGAUGAAGAGUUGUCAUGCUCAGAACAUGAGGAAGCAGAUACUAAGAUAGUAUAUCAUGCGUGUAACAUCAACUAUCAAGCAAAUAUAGUGAUCAGAAGUGUUGAUACUGAUAUUGCUGCUAUAAUGCUUGGAAACAUGCAUCAUCUUAAAAACGAUUCAUGCGUGUGGAUCCUUACAGGUACUGGAAAUAACUUAAGAUAUGUUAACCUAACCAAAAUACACGCAGAGUUGGGAGAUUCUAUUUGUCGGAGCUUACCUGGGUUUGAUGCAAUCACAGGAUGUGAUUACAAUCCUGCAUUUUUCAGGAAAGGAAAAUUAGAACCUUACAAAAUAUUGAAAAAACAUCAGGAGUACCAGAAAGCUUUCAUGAAGUUCGGUAACAAUGAAUUAAUUGAAGACAACGAUGAACAACGAAACGUUUUUAAUAUUGUCCAGAAAUUCAUAUGCAACAUAUACAAUGUCGGUAGUAUAAUUGAUGUUGAUGCUGCGCGCCUUCAAAUGUUCAUUGAUUCAUAUACGGUCUCUGAUGUGAACGAAGCUUUUGAUCGAAAAAAAUUGCGGAAUUUCGACGCCAGCAAUCUACCACCAUGGGAUCAGCUACCAAAUUAUGUCAGUGAUUCGUUAGAAAUUAUAUCAGAAACUGACGAAGAAGGUGAUAUUGACAUCAAUCAAGAGGACUGGAGUAGUAGUGACGAAGAUUGUGAAAAUAUUGACGACAACGAUGAAAAUUCUGAGCAUUAUUAAAUCAUUUUUUGUAUACAAUAAUAUUUUUUUUAACUCUGUAAUAAUUAUAAGAAUAUUUUUUACUUUCUAUAAUAUGGCUAUGAAUAUAAUAAAAUAU